UACACCUGCACAUGGACACCGACUGCCGAGUGAAAUACGUGUUGUGCCAACAUCGCCGCGCGUUCCGAGCCUCCAGUGCGAGAGAGAGGAAAAUCGCUCUAAGCUGGCCUACGUGUGUAUUUACUAUGGUAUAUAUCCGCAGCGACGUCAAAGAAGAGAACAGAAAGAGCCAGAGAAAUUCAUGCUGCAGAGGGAUUUAUACGAGUAUACCGCAAAACGAUGGGGGAUCGAUGUGACGUUGGAAAGUUUUGAUCGCACAGCUCCGACUUUAUUGCACGCAUCUUUACAACCGAAAACGACUCGCACAUGCACAGAAGGCUGCUAUUCUUCUGCUGUUGGCUGCUGUUCCUCGAUCUCUGCCGCACAGUCAAUCCAGGCUGUUCCUGCAUCAUCUUCAGCAGUCGUUACAAUCCCCAAGGUGGUACUUUCACGUCGCCGGACUAUCCAAAACGUUAUCCAUCCCGAGUCGACUGUUUGCUGUACACAUUUCAAGGCACAGCCGACGAGAUCGUCGAGUUGACGUUUCAUCAUUUCGAUACACGCAGCACAUAUCCCGACUGCAACAGGGGAGAUUUUCUCAAAGUUUUUCUACACUUGGAGCCAGACGAGCGCGGCGUUAACGAAUACACGCCUUGGUCCGGUCUUCUCUGCGGUACGCUGGCCGACAUACCGCAAGUGCUCUACAGCUCGGGACCGACAUUGAUAUUCGAGUUUCACGCCGAGCCCAGCGUCAAAAAAACCAAUGUUACGAGUCCCGGCUUUUCUGGAAAUUUUCGUUUCAUCGAUAAGCGUAUAUUCGAGUCGGACGGCCAGCCAGUGCCGAACAAGAUGUGCGACUACCAAUUCGUCAGCUCGCAGUACACACCACAGCACGGACGCUUCUACUCGCCACGCUAUCCGUCUUCCUAUCCUGAAAAUGUCCACUGCGUUUAUCAAUUUCGUGCGAGGAGCAAGGAGCGCAUACGAGUGGUCUUCGAGAAGCUGUCGCUGCAGAAGGGGGACGUCAGCUGCCUGAACAGAGCAGACUUGAUCAGGGUGUACGACGGCAGCGACCAAGCCUACCCGGCCAUAGCGGUAUUGUGCAACGAAGACUCCGAGGUCGAAAUCCUUAGCACCGGGCCAGAUUUGCUGGUCGAUUUUGUGGCCAAUUCCAAAUGGCCGGGCCAGGGAUUCAAGGCAACUUUUCAGUUUCAACCGGUCGACGAUCACGUCACAGAAACGGACAAGCAGCUGCCCGUGGUCCCCGGGGUGGUGGCGUCGUCGAACAGCGCCAAGUACUCGUUCAUCGGGCCGGCAGUCAGCGCCACAACAUCCUCGUGCGACAUGGUAUUCAAUAGCGACACAACAAAAUCGGGUGUGGUCACGUCGCCCGGCUAUCCGAAUCCGUAUUCUGCUCGGACGCGCUGCAGAUACGACUUCCAGGGACGUGGCAAGGAGAGGAUACAGAUCAUUUUUCAAGUAUUCGACGUUUAUCGACCGCCCGAGGGUACCAAAGAAUGCGAAUCGACGGACUCGCUGGUGGCCUACGUGCAAAUAGACGGCAAAAUGGAGAAGAUCGACUCGUUCUGCGGAGAAUCAGCGCCAAGGCCACUGAUGAGCAACGGGCCUCGGCUGCUGCUGGAAUUCCGCGGCCUCACCGCAUCUAGGCACGCCCGCGGUUUCAAGGCCACUUACUCGUUUCUCGAGAAUUUCGGAAUAACGACGGGUAAGCAGGAGCUUUCCUAUCCCUGCGCCUUUGUGUACAACAGCAACGAGACGAUGAACGGCACGUUCACCUCGCCGAAUUAUCCGGGAUAUUAUCCGCGCGAUACCGAGUGCCAUUACUUCUUCAACGGACAGCCCAAGGAGCGAGUUCAUCUGCACUUUCAUUACUUCGACGUCGAGGGCGUAUUGCCGUGCGACUCGGUAUCAGCCAGCGACUACGUGGACUUUUCGAAUUACUUGUCGCGCGAUCGCAAGUACUCGCGUCACUGCGGCCAAUUGACCGAGUUCGACGUCGAGUCGGAUCGCUCGUUCUUUCGCGUGACGUUCAAGAGUAACGACCGGCUGGAUGGCACGGGAUUCAACGCGAGUUAUCAGUUUGUCAGCGAAGAGGACAAUUAUACGGUCAAGACGCCGUUGAGCAGCAGCGCCGCAGCAGCCAUUGACUACUCGACUACUCCUCAGGCCGGCUAUUAUUGCUGUUUCUCGUCGCUGAUGGCACUCGUUCUUUUAUCACUUCUGCCAGGCCAAUUUCAGCCGAUGACGAAUGAAAUAGCCUACUGAUUAUGACAUGCAUGCAUAGCACUAUGACAAUUCAUCUCCGUGCAGGCUGGAUGACGUAAAAAAACAAUGUGUACACGAAUCAAAAACGCAGCCGAAGUAGAAGAGUGAGAGACAAGACAUUAUUUGAAAAUGUAGAUGUUGUAUGAGAUAAAAGGAGAAAAAAAUAUCACCCCCUGUGUUUGCUCAUGCAUUUUUGUUGUACAAUGAAUGGAGUAAGAUAAUGUGUAUAUAUAUUAUAGAGGCAUUUUAUUCUGUACAUAAUAUAAUAUAUUGAUAAACAAAUAAAAAUCCAAUUGUUCGGUGUUUGCAGAUUUGGUGGACGACAGGAGAGAAAGAGUAAAAAAAAUCAUUGUGUUCGUAUAUAAUAAAAUUGAGUACUUGUAUGGUCUGAGAGAAAUAUUCAAUACAUUACCUGAUCUGAACACACAACUUUUAAAAAUUAUGCAUCAGUUUUAUUUACAACAGUAAAUA